ACCAGUUUGAACUUACACUGCUAAAGUCCUGGCAACAUACAGGCAGGGGAAAUGUCUCUUCUAAGAUUGUGUUUGGGGGAAUUGAUCAAUGAAGACAUCCAGACCUGGAAUUCUCUAUGUCGACAAGAAGUAAACAUGAGAACAUAUGAUAAUUUCAUACCAAUCAAUGAAUCAAGCAGGCAAUUAUGGAAUCAAGAAUACUUCACUUUGACAUUUCCCAAACCACCCCAGCCAGGUAGAAAAAAGAUAUCAAGACCUUCAAAAUUACAAGCCACAGUUCCUAGACAUGACAAAAGAAAAUUAGAGGAAGUUCAGAAGCCAGCUCAUAUAUGGAUAAGGCAUUCUUUAGGAAAGAUUUUCCAAAGACCAUCUAUUUACUCAACUUUCAGGAGACAGCCUCCAUUCAGCCAUCCUUAUACUCCUAAAACCCAUUCUGAAAAGGCAGAAUAUAAAAAGUACAAAGACGUCAAAAAAGGAAUAACUUUGAAGAAAGGUUCCAAGAAAAAUAUAGGCCCACAUGAAACAACUCUAGAAUCCAAGAAAACAGCAAAAGAGAAACAUAAAAGAGGAAAUAAAGUAGGUAAAACUCCAAUAAAAUCAUCACAUGAAAGUGAACUAUAUGAGAAGUCAAAAUCCAAAUCAGAAACAAACUCAGACUCCAAAGAUUCUGAGGCAGUCUCAAUGACAGAUCCAAAAAAAGAUAAGAGAGAUUCAAAGAAUUCCAAGGAGACUGACGUUGAAUCCGUACGUACAAAGAAGGAUUCUAAGAGCACAAAGAACAAUUCUGAUGCCAAAUCAGAGACUUGCUCAAAAGAUAGUUCAAAUGUAGAUUUAAUGAUGCACUUAGAGGAAUCUGGUGCUGAAUCCAUGGAAUUUGAUAUGUGGUUAAAGAAUUACUCACAGAAUAAUUCAAAGAAGCCUCCGAAGGACUCAAAGAAAGAUGCAAAGAAGAGCUCUGAUGCUGAAUCUGCAGAUUCAAAAGAUGCAAAGAAAGAUAAGAAAGGUGCAAAGAAAGACAAGAAGGAUGCAAAGAAGGACACAGAGUCUACUGAUGCAGAAUCUGCAGAAUCAAAGGAUGCAAAGAAAGAUUCAAAGACCAAGAAAGAUGCAAAGAAAGCUGACAAGAAAAAGGAUGACAAGAAGAAAGAUGCAGAGUCUACUGACGCGGAAUCUGUAGACUCAAAGGAUGCAAAGAAAGAUUCAAAGAAGGAUAAGAAAGAUUCAAAGAAAAAGGAUGAAAAGAAGGAUUCAGCGUCUACUGAUGCUGGAUCUGAGUCUGAAUCAGAGUCAAAGAAGGGUAAGAAAGAUGAAAAGAAGGAUAAGAAAGGUUUAAAGAAAGACGACAAGAAAAAAGAUGCAAAGAAGGAUACAGCAUCUACUGAUGCUGAUUCUGAGUCUGAAACGGAUCCAAAAAAGGAUAAAAAAGAUGAAAAGAAGGAUAAGAAAGAUUCAAAGAAAGCUUCAAAGAAAGAUGACAAAAAGAAGUCUGCAGUGAAGGCUGAAGAGUCUACCGAAACUGAAUCUGAUUGGGAGUCAAAUAAGGGUAAAACUGAUUCAAAGAAGGCUAAGAAAGAUUCAAAGACAGAUGCCAAACAGCAGGCUGAAAAGAAGGACAUAGUGUCUACUGAUGCUGAAUUUGAUGAGUCUUCCAAGAAAGACCCAAAGAAGCCCAAAACAUCCAAAAGUUCAGAUGCUGAAUCUGAAGAGUCACUAGGUAAACCCUGGGCUAAAAAGAGAGGAGCUGAUGAGUCAGAUGCCACAUCUACAGAUUCAAAGAAGGAAGCACCGAAACUAAAGAGAGGUUUAAGACUUUCAUCCAGAAAGACUACAUUCAAAGAAAAAGGAAAAAAACCAAGGGUGGGUGGAAUUCCUGUGUUAAGAGAAAGACCACCACUACCUCCUUGUGAGUCUUUCCUACCAUCACCUAAGGUCAAACGUCUCUGUCGGUGCAAGAUGCCACCUCCCCCUCCAAAACCAAGAUAUGCUCCUUUGCCUGAAGCAAAGUGGAUUCAUAAGCUGCUUUAAAGAACAACUGAGCGCUUGGUUUCACAGAAUGGCCUUACCACAGUAAACACUAACUACUCUCAAUGAGCAUUUCUACUUCUGUGGAACUGUAAUAAAUAAAAACAAGUCUUC